ACUAAAAAAAAUCACUUGUCCGAGUUGUCCAGCGGGGUACACAGUGCCGCGUAAUUAAAAGUUGUUUUUAAAAUCGAAAUAUUGUAUUUUUAGAACAAUUUCGUAAAAAGUGUAAUACACCAUGUCUGUAGCAACUAAAGGUAUCUUCAUCGUCGGUGCUAAGCGCACUGCCUUCGGCACAUUUGGUGGAGUCUUCAAGAACACAUCGGCCACCGAACUGCAGACACAUGCGUUUAAUGCUGCAUUAAAGGAGGCUGGUGUUGCCCCCACGCAGGUUGACUCGGUCGUGGUCGGACAGGUCAUGUCGGCAUCCCAAACUGACGGCAUCUACACUCCCCGUCACGCGGCCCUGAAAGCCGGCAUUCCUCAGGAGAAGCCCGCACUUGGCAUCAACAGGCUAUGUGGGUCUGGCUUCCAGUCCGUCGUUAACAGCGCACAGGACAUCAUAACCGGCGCAGCUAAGAUCUCCCUCGCCGGCGGCGUAGAGAACAUGUCACAAGCCCCGUUCGCGGUCCGCAACAUCCGCUUCGGCACCAUGCUUGGCCAGUCCCACGUGUUUGAAGACACCCUGUGGGCUGGUCUGACGGACUCGUACUGUGGGCUGCCCAUGGGCAUGACUGCUGAGAAGCUUGGAGCGCAGUUCAAGGUCACUAGGGCCGAGGUGGACAAAUUUGCCUUGGAGUCGCAGCAGAGGUGGAAGAAAUCUCACGACGCGGGAGUGUUCAAGGCCGAGAUCGAACCCGUGACCCUGACGGUGAAACGUAAAGAGGUUAAGAUCGACACAGAUGAGCACCCGCGCCCGCAGACCACCAUCGAGGGCCUGAACAAGCUGCCGCCCGUCUUCAAGAAGGAAGGCCUGGUCACUGCUGGCACUGCCUCCGGUAUCAGCGACGGAGCCGGGGCCAUUGUGCUCGCUAGCGAGGAAACCGCCAAGGGCCUAAAGCCCCUCGCUCGUCUCGUGGGCUGGUCGUACGUCGGCGUAGACCCUUCCAUCAUGGGCAUCGGCCCUGUACCCGCUAUUGAGAGCCUGCUCAAGGUCACAGGACUCACGCUCAACGAUAUCGACCUUGUUGAGAUCAACGAGGCGUUCUGCGCUCAGACCCUCUCCUGCGCCAAGGCCCUCAAGCUGGACCCCUCCAAGCUGAACGUGAAUGGCGGCGCCACGGCCCUGGGACACCCGCUUGGAGCCUCCGGGUCCCGCAUCACAGCUCACCUAGUACAUGAACUCAAACGCCGCGGACUCAAGCGUGGUAUCGGCUCGGCUUGCAUCGGCGGCGGACAAGGCAUCGCACUCAUGGUCGAGUCUGUCUAAACCGCACUGUGCUUCCACGAGACUGA